AUGAUCGCUACAAAUCGCGGUGAAUCACGUCGAACGCGUUCACGAUCCCCUUCGAAGAGUCGAAGUCGCAGCAGGUCUGCUAGCCCCAGUCGCAGCCGUAGCCGUAGUCGAAGCCGUAGUCGAAGUCGAAGUCGCAGCCGCAGUCGCAGCCGUAGUUCUAGUCGUAGUGCUAGUCGGCCCCGAAGUAGGUCUCCAAGGAGAAAUCCGUUUGAGAAGAGCAAAAAUAGGAGCAGAGGCCGCAACAAGAAAGCUCGAAUAGACAAAGCGAAAUUGUUGGCGAUAGCACGAAAGAAAGCACAAAAGAUGCAGCUGUUGGGUAUCAGCCUUGGAGCGUUAGAUCCAAAUUUGCAAAACCCACCAAAAAGUGUCGACGACUUUGUGUGUGAGUUCGGCUUCUGGUUUCUUAGCCCUGUACUAUCUGAUGAAGCUAUGUGGCCCUUUUCUGCUUCAGCAUACUGCCAACAAAUCCAGCGUCGUCAGGAUAAAGAGAGUCGUCGUGAAAAGGGAGAGCCGGUGACAACUGAUGACGAAGGCGAUCGCGAGAAGGGCGAUUCAGCCAAAGACAGCCCUGCGACAUUCAAGCAUCCAUUUAGUGUGCGAGCCCCCGCUUCAUCGGAUGGCAUCAAGAUAAACAUCGUGAAUGCAACCCCCAUCCCCACAAAGACCCCGCAAGAAAGGAUUUUAGACUCAACUCAACUACGACUGGUCUAUCCCGUAUCGUCUGGUAUUGUUCAUAAAGAAAAUACGGACAAGUGGACUCCGGUAGUGAAGGAUGAGUUGAAGACGUGUUCUGACGAACAGAAGAAAUACGUUGCGGUUACGAGCCUAGAAGCUGAGCGACUUCGAUCGGCCUCUAAUCCUUCUGAUGACCACUUGUUACCUCCACCGCCGCCACCCCCUGUUCUCACAGGGCUUGGCGGUCUUCUGCCACCACCACCACCUCCGCCGAAGCUUACCGCAUUCGAUAUGCUUCUUCCUCCGCCACCUCCAUUACCUCAGUUGUUGGUGGUACCCUCGGAAGAUAAACUAAUCAUAAAGGAGCCCGAAAAUAUUGAAAAGGUGAGCUCAAAAGAUGUAUCGAAGGUACUGGCUCAAAGGGCAAGCGCUCAAUUGAGAUUGAAUUCUAAUCCGAACGACUUUGAAGCGUUGCGAUCGUUGAAGGAAGCAGAUGAUCAGGUUGGAACUGUCUGGUUUAGCCUCAAAUUUCUGUUCCGUGUUAUGCUGCCGGUAGCGGGUGUAAGGCGUGUACGAUGCGCGACGACACAUUCGGCGCAAAUUUUUGUGUGA